CGGCGGCUCCGGAGCCGGGCGCGGCUGGCGGGGCCCGAGGCGCGGCCGGGUGGGAUCAUGGCGGACGGCGUGGAUCACAUUGACAUCUACGCCGAUGUGGGCGAGGAAUUCAACCAGGAAGCUGAAUAUGGUGGGCACGAUCAAAUUGAUUUGUACGACGAUGUAAUUUCUCCAUCCGCGAAUAAUGGAGAUGCCCCAGAAGAUCGUGAUUACAUGGAUUCUCUCCCACCAUCUGUUGGGGAUGAUGUAGGUAAAGGAGCUGCACCAAAUGUUGUCUAUACAUAUACUGGAAAAAGAAUUGCCUUGUACAUUGGAAAUCUUACUUGGUGGACAACAGAUGAAGACUUAACUGAAGCAGUUCAUUCCCUGGGGGUAAAUGAUAUUUUGGAGAUAAAGUUUUUUGAAAAUCGAGCUAAUGGCCAGUCUAAAGGAUUUGCCCUUGUGGGUGUGGGAUCAGAAGCAUCCUCCAAAAAGUUGAUGGAUUUGUUGCCUAAAAGAGAAUUGCAUGGGCAGAAUCCUGUUGUGACUCCAUGUAAUAAACAGUUUCUGAGUCAGUUUGAAAUGCAGUCAAGGAAAACCACGCAGUCUGGCCAGAUGUCUGGGGAGGGUAAAGCUGGUCCCCCAGGGGGAGGCUCAAGAGCAGCAUUUCCACCUAGUAACAGAGGGCGAGGUCGUUUUCCAGGUGCCAUUCCAGGUGGAGACAGGUUCCCUGGACCAGCAGGGCCAGGAGGGCCACCACCACCUUUUCCAGCUGGACAAACUCCCCCACGCCCACCUUUAGGUCCUCCUGGCCCGCCAGGCCCGCCAGGCCCUCCACCUCCUGGUCAGGUCCUCCCACCUCCAUUAGCUGGACCUCCUAAUCGUGGUGACCGUCCACCACCACCAGUUCUGUUUCCAGGACAGCCUUUUGGUCAGCCUCCACUUGGGCCACUUCCUCCAGGCCCUCCACCACCAGUUCCAGGCUAUGGACCACCACCAGGUCCACCACCUCCUCAGCAGGGUCCACCUCCACCGCCGGGUCCAUUUCCCCCUCGUCCACCUGGCCCUCUGGGGCCACCCCUGACUCUUGCUCCCCCUCCACAUCUCCCUGGGCCGCCUCCAGGUGCUCCACCACCUGCACCACAUGUGAAUCCAGCUUUCUUCCCCCCACCUGCCAAUAGUGGCAUACCUACUUCAGACAGCCGUGGCCCUCCUCCGACAGAUCCAUAUGGUCGACCUCCACCAUAUGACAGAGGUGACUAUGGGCCACCUGGAAGGCGUUUCACUGGAAAUAACAUGUCCAUAAGAGAAAAAUUACAUAUUCCAUUCUAUGGGAGGCACACGAAAAAUAAUACUCAAAACUCAGGGAGAGAAAUGGAUGCUGCCAGGACACCUCUGAGCGAAGCAGAAUUUGAAGAAAUCAUGAACAGAAAUAGGGCAAUCUCAAGCAGUGCCAUUUCGAGAGCUGUAUCAGAUGCCAGUGCUGGGGACUAUGGAAGUGCUAUAGAGACCUUGGUAACGGCAAUUUCCUUAAUUAAACAGUCCAAAGUAUCUGCUGACGAUCGCUGUAAAGUACUUAUUAGCUCUCUUCAGGACUGCCUUCAUGGAAUUGAGUCCAAGUCUUAUGGUUCUGGAUCCAGAAGACGUGAGAGAUCCAGAGAGAGGGACCACAGUAGGUCACGAGAAAAGAGCAGACGCCACAAAUCGCGUAGCAGAGAUCGUCACGAUGACUAUUACCGAGAAAGAAGCCGUGAGAGAGAGAGGCACCGUGAUCGCGACAGAGAUCGCGACAGAGAACGAGAUAGAGAGAGAGAGUAUCGUCACCGUUAAAGAAGCUGAAGGAAGAGGAACAGCGUGCAAGACAAGAUUCUUCAAGGAAAAGAUGCUUGUCCCAGCAGUUUGCUUCAUGUGAAUGAACUGAGCCUGUAAGGAUUCAUGGAUAAAAUGAACAGGAAUAGAUCUGAAUAAAGCAAAUCUGCAUACAUGGUAACCGGUAGCUCUUUUACUUUUUUAUGUUGCUUAACUGUUUUGUUUGAGGGAAACCUGUGUGAUUUAAACCCUAUAGCUUUUUGCAACUUUAUUACUGGUUAUAUACAUUUGGCAAUUAUAAUGUGCAAGCAAUUGGAAAAAAAAAAGAAAAAGUCAAGUAAAAGCUUGUUUUUAUAGUAGUUUGUUCAUGUUAAAAUGUUCAUAUGAUAAUGUCUGUACACAGCACCACUGAUUACAGUAGAUGUAGUGUUGUAAUAAACUGUUUAAUGGGGCUGAUGUGUAAAGCUGUUCAAGUUAUUUGAUGUUUACACCUCAGGGAAAGUCUUGUGUUCAGCAAUAUUUAAAGAUAAUGUUACAAUGAGAACAUUGAUGCUGUCUUUAAAAACAUUGCAAUAGUUUUUUGCAUAUGCCUCAACCUAAUCUUGCAUUCAGUGAGUUUAAACAUACUAAUGUUGCUCUCACACGUUCAAUUUUGAUAUGAAAAUAGGUGGUUACACAAAACCUUUAAUGCUAUUUUGCUUUCUAGCAGUAUUCUAGGUGGCUUAUGAAUUUGCUAACUGACAUAUAAAACUGUAAAAGCUGCAGCUCUUUAUGGUCUGUUUUGAGGAGAGGUGGCCUCAAGCCUGCGAUUUUAGCACCCUGAAAAUUCUCUCUCUCCUACAGCCUCAAUCCUGAUUGACACUACAGUUAAUAGAACCUUAAACUGUCCAUAGUGAGGGGUGGAAAGGUUAGAUUUAGAAACCAAAACCAAACCCUGCAGUUGUUUACAGUUUUAUUGUGCUUGUGUGUGUUUCCUCUCCACUCCCACCCUCCCCCCCAAGGCUGUAGCAGUCUGUACAUAGUUGUAUAUUAGAAAUGUGCCAGAAGAAACCAGAUGUUUCCAUUUUUUUCCCAGACUUUCUAGGUUUGCUGUUUUCUCAGUAACUUGGGGGUCUUUUCACACCUGCAUAUACAAGAGAAGGUACACUUGUAUGUCCUUGUUCAGUGAUGGGCAACAUUUAAAUGUCCUGGCACUAACCAAAUCUGUCAGAUGAGGUUUUGUAAAUUUACCUCAAAACGACCAAUUGGAGCUCCCAGUAAAAAGCUGACUUCAAAUUUCAGAAUUGGGCUUAAAUUUCCUUUCAGCAAGUCAACAGAAAGUUCGUACAAGUCGCAGACCUUAACGUUUCUGACAGCCUCGUACAGAGGCUUCGCUUUUAGUCUGUUGUAAGCUGUUACACAAGAGAUUUAUUCUUGGGAGUUUUCACUUACUGAAGUAGCUGCACUUAAAUGUUUUAAGAUAAGUUUCAAGACCUCAGAUGGCUUUAAGAGGCAAGUCUUGGACAAUUCUUUGUUUCUUUCCUUUUUUACACGGAUCUUGAAGAUUUUACAGCCCACCUGAAAUGUUUUACCCUGUUCAGGAAAACACUUAAAUCCAUUUUGUUUUUUCCAGAGCAUUCAAAGCAUGUGCUUACAUUCCAUAGAUUUCAAGGAAUGUAAACAUAUACUCCAAGUACCUUAUUUGCCUGUGUGAGUGAUUUUUAUGCUCUAUUGACUUGGGACCAGUAGCCUGUGCAACUACAAAAGUAUCACCUAAGUCUGAAACGCUCCAACGUUUCUGUCACCUACCACUCAGUCAGGUUUGCUGCAGGCAGGUUCAUGCUGUUGGACUUGGCUAAAGCUUCAGACUCUCUCCCCUUACCUUUCCCCUUCCCUCUCCCCCCCUCAAAUUGUGUACCUCAGUUCCUCAUGCAUGGGAUCACUGGUGUUUAUUGAACUAUUUGCUACUGAGAAGCUAUUUGAGAUGUUUGUUUAAUCCUGUUUGGAAAUGAAAACUGCCUUUUAAAAGAUUUUGUAAAACUGAAAAGUUGUAUCAAACAAGUCAUGACUCAUUUCCUGCUUUUUGUGAAUAGGUGUGGGUUACAGACAGUACUGUUGUAAUAUUAUUAUUUCUUCUCUUUACUUAAAAACAUUGUUUACUGCUGUGUGUAAUAAGUUUAAGGAAGAAAUAACCUGCCUGUAGCUGUUACAGGAGGAAUAGCUAAUACUGGAGAGGCAGCAGGUAAGUAAUGUUCCAUUGCAUAGAUCUAUUCAAGCUUAAAAUAAAAAAGUACAUGUGCAAGCUUUUUAUGCAGGAACUGAUAUUUUACUCCUCAUUCCAAUAGUUUUAAGGAGGUUGUUGCUCUUUUUACACGGAGUGGAAUUUCUCCCUCAGAUACAGAUUUCCAUUGCUGGCAAUGGGAAUAGCAGGGGGAAGAUAAGUUAAACUGAGCAAUCAUUGUGACUUGAGAGAUGAGGUCCCCGUAUGAAGACCUUUAUUUCUGCCUGUUCUCCAAAUACUUAGUUUUAACUGAUAAAUCUAUUGUGUUGCAAUUUAGAUGAUCCUCUUGUUACUGAGUUUUACUUGUUAGGGUUUUGGGUUUUAAUGAAACAAGCAAACAAAAACUAUGUACAGGGAAAAAAAAAAUCCAAAGACCCUGAUAGACACCAAAAAGGAAUAUGCCUAAUGCACAUCAUGUAUAACUGGAUCUGUAGUAGAGUUGUUAGCAGGUUUUGUUUAGUUAAGCGUGACUGGCAAUUUCCUGUGCACCUCAGGAAAUAGCAGUUUGGUAUCUUGCUGGCUGGUGAUGAUGCCAGGAUGGUUACCGCUGUGCUCUUUGGUAUUCAUCCAGCUGCAUUUCACCUCCCUUUGCUGAGGAGAGGACAAAACAAGUCUGUGAGGAAAUACUUAGUUUCUUUCUUUCAAGUCUUGAUGUUUUUUACGAGUGACUCUGAAAAGAAUAUCUUAAGCUUGUGUCCUUUUAUCUUGAAAGACAAACCCAACAAGUCGUAGUGACUUAGGGGUGGCAGAGCUUUAGCAACAGAAAUUGUUUUACUGAGGGCUUGGUGGUGUUUUCUUGUGUUUUUUUUUCUUUUUAGAAAUAGAGGAAUUUUUUAAAAGUGAAAUUUCUACUGGACUGUGUUUUGACAGGUCAAAAAUUACUUCUUCAGAGGAACAUAGCAUUUUGAAAACUGUACAGUGUCCUUUUUCCCCCCUCAUUUUUUGCUUUCUGUGCCAAUAAUUUCAGUUCUGAUUGCAUUUUGAAGAAUGCAGAAGUUCAGAUUUUCAUUUACAGUGUGACUUACAAGCUUGGGUAGCUGUUUUUGUGUUAAGAUUCUUGUUAAAAUUAGCUAUUUGCUUAAUUAUUUUUUUAAAGGAGUGAGUGGCUUCUGGGGUUUUUGUUCCUUUUGAAACUGGCAAGGUGCAGUUUUCCUAAGUGUUUGGUUUUUUCCCCACCUGAUUGUUUAGUUGCAUACCCAAACCCUUGUAAAUGUGUUCCUAGUUGUAUGUGGAUAAUCAGAGGUUCAAAUGUUGUAUAUAUUUGUCACAUGUGUUUCUAGUAAAAAUGGCAUUCUUUAUAGAAAUACUUAAUUCCCUAUUCCUUUUCUUAUCCACUUGCUCCCUUCUGUACAGGUUAAACAGACUUUGCUCCUCUUUUUAUUUAAAAGAAUUUUAUACAUAGGCUCUUAAAGUUGUCAUUGGUUCCUGUGUAAACUGAGAUACAGCCUUAAACGUCCUAACAGGAUGCUUCUCAAAGAUACUUUCAGUCAUAUAAAUUCCUGCACGUUUAUGACCAGCACUCCAAAGAGAUCCAAGGCACUAAGUUGCUUCUGCAGUGAAAUGCAAACCCUUCAAGACCUUGGGGAAAGUGUAGGUCAGCAUGCACGUACUGAAAGAAGGUGGAUUUCUUUCCAAAAAGAAGUGUUUAGGCCUAGGAAAGAAGCAAGAGGAAUCUGUUUAGGGUUUAAGUUAUCAUCCACCACACAGGUCCUAAACGCACUGGUUGCAGCCUGCCCAUUAGCCAUGACAUUCAUGCAGAAAUGCUGUCUCUUGCAGCUGCUUAGGAUGCCUUGCAAGCAGCACUGCAGGCAGGCGUGGGGUGGGUGGGAGAGUUGAGGGGUUUUGUGUUUGAUGUUAUCACCCCCCCACCCCCACCCCCCCCCCAGAAUCAAGCUCUUACAUGCCAUGUGCUUCAGAUUCAUUUUAGCUUUAGAGCAUGAAUUACUAAGGAGCAGUUUGGAGCAUGGAGGUUCCUCAAUUUGAUGUUCUCAUGGGAUCUUUUUUUUUUCCUUUGCCCAUGUUGGACAAAAUACCAUAAAGCAUCUCAAUCUGUUUGUAUAUUCUGCACUCUUUUAAUUCUUGAAUCCUUGAAUCCUAGCCCCACUUUUCUGCAGUGGCUUCUAGGUUGUGGUAUGACCUAAGCCUGUGCUGAAGUCUUUUAAAGCUUCCUUGGAAAUAGACUAGUUUGCUAUUUUCAGGACUUGAUGAAAACAGUAUUACCUUUGAUCACAAGGAAGUGGAGCAUUUAAGCUGUUGAAAUUCUUACCUAUUCAGACCACGUAAUGUGAUGUUUAUUUUUUUUAACAUGAUUCAGUGCUAACCCUUUGGCAUAUAUUCAAGUAAUAGACUUUGGCCUCACCUCUUGUAUACUGUAUUUUAUAAGAGAAAAUAUUUUAAACUGUGCAUAUUAUUAUUAUUAUUACAUUAUGAAACAGACAUUCCCUUGAUCUUCAGAUGUAAGAGAAGGAGGAAUAUGUGUACUUUUAUAAAUACAAGUGACUGCAAAUUCAGUUUCCUUACUGUUGAAGGUGUCCUUUUAUAAAAUAAAACACAAAGGAAAAAAAAAGAGGGGGAGGGAAGUUUAGAAAAGAAGUAAUUAAAAAAGGCAAGUGUUUUAAAGGUGAAAUACAUUCCUCUUUGGUAAAUCUGCACAUUUUUAUGAUGAUUACCAGCACUGCUGACUCUCUAAACAACAAGCCUGUAUUGUCUUCCUGUACCCUUCCAUUUCCUGAUUCCCAUUUUGCACAAGGAUGUUCUCAGUAAAACUGUUCAGGAGGUGGGUUUGAAAUACAGCAAGGGAGAGCUUGUCUAGCUGGGAUGUAGAAUUGCAGUGCAAAAUGUAAGCAAAUGGAUGCCUGUCACAAUGCCUGUCAGACUCCAGAGGGUUUUGUGUACAUAGCAAACACUUUCCUGAUGCUGGCAGGCCAAAGAGUCUGUUGAAUACUUGAGUUUCUGGAGACCUGUAUUUCUCAACAAGGUAAGCUUGGUAUCGUAGCUGUGGGUUUGAGUACAUUUUCAGCCAGAGGUACUUAGUUCAUCUCUACAUUUAGGGAUCCUUUCAUCUUUUUUAGAUGCUAUACUUGAAACACUGCAUAAUUUUUAGCUCUCAUGGGUUUCUUUUUUCAGCCUUUAGGAGACUGUUAAGCAAUUUGCUGUCCAACUUUUGUGUUGGUCUUAAACUGCAAUAGUAGUUUACCUUGUACUGAAGAAAUAAAGACCAUUUUUCUAUUAAAA